AAUGUAACAAAGAAUGUUUGAAAAGAAUGUUUGGAACCAAAGAUUACAAUAUUAUACUGUUUGGAACUCGGUUCCACCUUGGUUCGGAAAUUGGCGAUAGAGUUAAUUCUACAAUUUACUUAAAUCUUCAUUAUUAUGCUAUAAAUCAUCUCAUAAAAAAUUUGGUUUUAAAUAUUGUGUUAGUUAAUUCUAGUUACAGAUACAACAUAAGGGUAAGGAAAGUAAAACCCACCCUACCUAACGGUUGUAGUGGGGUCCCCUCCCCUCUUGUAGGGGAUACAUACUGCAGACAAAGCGUAGUUCACCCUACCUUUGCGGAGGGGAGCUUUGGCCUCCGGCGACCAACCGGUAACGUUAUAUGAACAUAAAUGGUAUUAUAGGGGUAGGGACUAGCUAGCGAUCGUGAACACUUCUUUUUCUUUUCAAACUCUCUGCUCGCAGCGCGCAGUCGUAACGUGUUAAAAGUUCCAUGAAAGUUUUGUGAAACCAGUGAGCUGUAUAAGAACUGUUUUAACAAGAAGUGUAAAUUAUGAGUGAUAGUAUGGGGUUGGUCAGUGGACUUGUUGAAGAAAUGGAUCCAAAUUUAAUGGAAUAUGCUCUGAAGAAGAGCCUUAUCUCCAGAAAUAAGUUGGCAAUUAUUUUGAAAGACAGCAAUGGACAGAAUCAAUACUGCUGUGUGGAAUGCCCUGCUAGAUAUGAGGAAAAAGAGAAAUUAGAAUUUCACUUGUGUAUGCAUAAUAAAGAAUAUAGGUUCCUCUGUGGAAUAUGUGGAACCGGAUUGAAACGUAAGGAGCAUUUAGAUAGGCAUACGAUGGAGCAUCAGCAAGUAAGGCCACAUGUUUGCCAGACAUGUGGUAAAGGUUUUAAGCGCAAAGAACACCUGAACAUCCACCAGAGUAUCCACACUGAUGACAAGUCACAAGUCUGCUCUCUAUGCAAUAGAUCAUUCCACCGUAAAGACCACUUGCAGAAACACCUACAAACUCAUAGCAAGUUAUUUCUGGAACAGAACAUGUAUCCUGUUGGAGAACAUGAACUGACGCAAAUCAAAGCUGAAGUCAUGGAUGAGGAUGAGAAACCAGAUAUCUUGGGUGAGGAUAUGCAGUGUGAUAUUGAGGAGCGGGACUCUUCACAAAACAGUGAUUCCUUAUCGGAUCCUGCUGACGUAAGAACAUUGGACGUUCAUACAGACAGACCGUUCGUAUGCCAAAUAUGUUUCAAGUCGUAUAAAAGAAAAGAUCACCUCAAGAUACACAGUUGGACGCACACGAAGAAGGAUAAAGUCUGCACCGAUUGUGGGAAAGGGUUCCACAAGGAGGAGCAGUUGAAAGCGCACAUGAGGGUCUGCAUUCAGGUGCACCUAAAGCAGUUCCAAUCAGACCACGCUGGCGACGGAGACGGCUCAGAGGAUUAUAAUCCGAUGAUGGAGCAAGAUCUGCUGGUGGAACGUCGUCGUGGUCAUGACCCCGAGUCGCGGCCGCACGAGUGUAUCGUGUGUCACCGCCGAUUCAAACGGAAGCAACAUCUGAAAGUCCACGCUAACGUACAUCUAAAGCAGAAACCACACACGGUCUGGUGUUCACUUUGCACUCAAGGAUUCCAUAGUAAUGAAGAUUUUGAAGGACACGUGUGCUCACACAGUAGUUUAGAGCAAAACGAAGAAGAUCUGUGCCAAUCGACAGACGCGCCGCAGGAAGCAAAGAAGGAAAACAGCGAGCCAACGGAAUCAACUACUAAUGCGGAAAUAAAGGUGUCAAAUGGCGUUGAUGCAGUGGACGAGCCAUCUUAUCUGAUGGUGCGUGAUGAACGAGAUAUUCCUGUACCUCAGCGUGUAUACGUAUGUCGGUACUGUUCGAAGCCUUUCAAACGGAAAGACCACUACAAGAUACAUCUGCAUAUACACACAGGAGUCAGAUCAUUCUUCUGCCAGCACUGCGGGAAAGGUUUUUAUCGAAAAGAUCACCUCCAGAAACACUCGCAGGUUCACUCGCGUGUCCGUCCACGUAAACAGGUGCCCGACUUGUUGCCGCUAGCUCUCGUGCCCAGGAAGGAAGUCAAACCAGAGAUCACCAUACAUGCACCAUCGAAUACAAAGCUACGUGUGCCUCUUCAGAUUAAAGUACCAUAUCAAGUGGUGAUGUCCAACGAUGAUGGCGAGCAACGUUCCGUCACCAUAGACCCGCAGACCCAAUCACGGCAGCACGAGAUAUUUACGUAAUUUAUUAUUUAAGAUAUUAUUUUAACAUAAAACGUUACUAGAAGUGAUAUUCAUCCGUAAAUCUCUAUAUAAAUAAAAGGAAAACCUGACAAACUCAUAUAUCAACGCAGAGCCAAAAUUAUAGUACCUGGAAUUUGGAUUUUGGUAUAGGGGUUCCUUACAUGAUGUUAGUAAGGACUCAUAAAGGAUUUUUAGAAAAUCACCCCUUAGUUAAUCACCAAUUUAGGUGUUGAAAUAGGGGGUGAAGAUUAAUGGAAUUUUUCUGGACUUCUAAGUAUACGUAUUAUAUAAAAGGGUAAUGCGUUCUACGUUGAUUUUUGUAUGUAAGGCUACUUAGUGGCAUAAAUAUUUAUUUUUGCCGCGACAAUUCUAUUUAUUUUCUAUUAAAUACUUAGAUGAAGCUGCAUGUCAAAGCUACUACAGUAAUCCUAUCUCGAUCACUUAAGACUGGUGGUUAUGUGGAUUGUUCUAUGUAAUAUAGCAUUCCGAAUGCAUUGAUCAAAUAUAGUAAUAUGUACGUACAUAAAAUUAAAGAAAUAACUUUGUCCUAACUGGACUAGCCAUGACUGCGUGAAAAGGGGAAUUUUUGUUUAGAUAAUCAAUAAGAUUUUAAAAGCAGCAUAGGUACAUAUGGUAACCCUGAGUGAAUGGUAGGUUUUAAACGGUGGCAAGUAUUUAUACUUAUACCACUUUUUCAUUCAAAAUAGCAGUUUAUUCUUACCCAUGUCAGAGAAUUUGGCAAAUAAAAGAAAUUUCAUUGUCCGAAAUUUCUAAGUUCCACACUCAAAAGUCAUGGUAACUUUAGAUGACUAUUUGAAACAAUUUUUUCUAAUUAAUCUAAUUUUUUCUAAAGUGUUUAAUUAUUUUAUAAGUUAAAUCAUUCUAAAAAAUAGAUACAAAAGAACACUCGGUAACAAAAAUAGGUGGAUACAUAAAUUUUUAUCUUAGUAUUGAUAUAUAGAAUUUCAAAUAAUUAUGUACGCACUGCAUAUACUAUUUUUUUUUAAAUAUGUCCGUCCUGAUUACACAUGUCUCAUUUUUGAUUGUUUUUCCUUUUUGUAAUAUAAUAAUAAUGCAAUAAAGUUAAAAUCUCUACAAUAAUAUAGAGAUUUUAACUUUAUGAUGUGAAGAUGUUCUUCUUACUCAAAAUAAUGAUCAUUAAACAAAAUCUCAAUAACUAGUAUAAAUUCUCUCGGCCAAAUAAUUACAAAUGCAACAGGGUCCAACUACAUUUAAAUAAUUUAUUGAAUUAAGUACAAGUACAAAUGGAUCUCAAACUAGAUUUAAUAACUUUUGGGAUGUACAUAUCUUUUUAAUAGAAAUUAGUAUAAGAUAUCAAAGUAUUUUAGAAUAAGAUUUUUUCUAUAACAAAUAUGUGUGGAAUAUUUGAUAGAUUGUAAUAUGUUUCUGCGUAAAUGAAAAUAUGACACACGUGCCAUGUACCAAAUAUUGAUAGCAUUAUAAGAUUUUAUUAUGAAGUUCCUCAGAGUUUGUCUUAACUGAAAUAUGUUGUGAUCUUAUUGUGUAAUUUAUAAAAUAAUAAAGUAUUUUGAAUUG